UGGAAUUAUAAGCCACACGAGAUAGUCGCACAGGUUGAGCAGCAGUUGUGUUGUCACUUUGCAGACAAGGGAAACAAGUAGCGAUGCGUGAGAGCCCCUCAUAGAAUCUGUCCUUUCCACACUGCGGGGUGAGAGGUAAUCCACGAUUUACUAGGCUGACGCAGACACAGGUCAAUCAGCUCGUGUAUUUUUGUUUCUCGAAAACUUGGAAUUGAGUUGCGAGGCGACAAAAAAAAAAAGUCAUGGUCAUCAUCACAAAAGAAAGCUCCAGGAGUUUGUGCAUCAGGAGGCCGGAUCAGAGUUUUGGAUCAUCACCCUGGAUGAACUGAAUGUGGUGAUUAAAAAAAAAAAAAGAAAGAAAGAAAGAAAUCCGUGCGCAGAGCUGCGAAGGACGACGGGGAGAAGAGAAAGCAAAGCGGCGUGUUUUCAUAAGCGGAGCUCGGCUGUGGGAGCGGAGUGGGGGAUGUCGGGCAGAAGUGGAGGAGCGCCUCGGGGGUGCAGCAACCUCAGCCUGCAGCCCCUCAGAGCCACGGUCCCAUACCAGCUCCAGAGGAGCUCAGCCCUGCUCUGCAGAGAGGUCAAGACGGCGGACAGAACCUCGGCCCGCCCGCCGAAACCCACCAUUCGCCGAACGCUUUCUCUGGACGCAAUUGUUGGACCCUAUCUCCAGGGACAGUGGCCCAAAGAGGCAGAGAGCACGGCGGUUACCUGUGUCAACGACAAAGCCACACAGACUCCAAGUUCCUGGGCAGAGGAGACACGGGGAAGGAGAAGCGCGGGUGGACACAAGCGCUCAGCAUCUUGGGGCAGUGCGGAGCACCUAAGGGAGGUGGCCAAGCUAAGGCACCAGUUGCAGAAGCGCUCCCGACAUGCCCCUCCCUCGGCAGGAUGUGAGCCCCCCUCCCAACCCCUGCCAGCAGGUCAUGCAGCAGGCAUCACUCAGACAAUGCCCCUGAUACCGCUGAACAGGUUAGCCCCGCGGCUGCGACGCAGCGUCGAAGGCCUCAACCUGGAGCUGGAGGAAGUGUUUGUGUCUGAGAAACCAGAUGAUCAACUCGAGAUUCUGGAUAUCCCUGAUGGCCACAGGGCUCCUGUUCCUGUCCAGAGAUGCAGCAGUGGCUCCCAGAGUGAGCCCUCACCGGGGCCCCUGGAUCCCUCCCUCCUAUCUCCUUCUCAGUCCCCUUGUCCUCUUGAGCCACUGCUUCUGUCGCCUUCAACUUCCCCUUGUCCAUUAAAUGCAUCACUUUUGUCUCCCUCCCAGUCUCCCUGUCCCAUGGGUGAGCCAGUCUAUGCAGAGCCGGUGGACUGCGAGGCCUUGUCUGCCUCUCCAUUAACAUCACUUCCUUCAUUUGCACUGGAUCCCCCGCUGCUGCAGCCCUGCUCGUCUUCCCCCCGUCCCAACAAAACCUACUCCUUUCAGCGCGAGCCACCUGAAGGAUGUGAGCGAGUACGUGUGUGUGAGGAAGCAAUGUCUGCUUGUCAAGAUGAGACUCUCCUUCAGCCAUCUUGUCCCGACCCCAAUAAAGUCAACUUUACCCCCCACGGAGGUUCUGCUUUCUGCCCUGUCAGUCUUCUGAAGCCCUUGCUGCCCUCCAUGGACCUCCUCUUCCGUGGCCUGUCAGUGUCUCCCGUCACUGGUUGCUCAGGUCAGGCCUCUCCUACCAGGCACCUGGGCAUGCAGUAGAUGGAUAUCCGAGCAGAGUCUCUCAGGACUAAACCGUGCACUGCCAGAACGUGGAGAAGCUGUGUUUGAUAUUCGGCGUGACAAUGGACAGUGUCUCAUCACUGCUGUAAUAUGCCACAAUCACUGUGACCGAACUAACAGACUGGGUGACGUUUCUUGUCGUCAUUCUUUAGGAUAACUGUGGCCUGUAAUGUGGCUGCUUUAUUGUUUCCACCUGCAGGAUGAUUUAAUUCGACUGAUAUUUACCUGUUCCGAACUGCAGGACUUAAGUUGUUGUGAAACGUUGGGAAAUGCUUGAAAGGUUUAUCGAUUGCCUGUGUUUCUUUGACAUCAUUAUUUUUGAUAAAAUUGAAUAUUGUUUGUGUGAGCUGUUCAGACAGAGACUGCAGUCUGCGGGUGAUGUUUUCAUUUUGUCAAAAUAAGUGAAUUCACUGUCACAAAAAAAAAACAACAAAAAAAACAAAAAACAAAAGAAAACAAAAAUACAAGCUCUUAGAACUCAAGUAUUAGUUUUUUACUCUCCUCAACGUUUGAUGAACUUCCAAGUGAAGCAUUGUUAAGUUUAGAAAAGCAUUUGGUUUAAUUUGAAAGGGUAACUGAUGAAAAACAAAUUACUUGUUGUGUUUGUUCCUGAAGUUUGAUUGAAUAGAAAUAUGCUUGAUUUCUAGUUGAUGUUGCCCUACUUCUCUGUGUUUCUAGAAAGAUAUGUUUUUCUAUCUGCAAAGCUGGUGAAGCUGUAUUCACUGAAAAGAAAUUGACUUGUCGUUCCAUUUGUACCAUGUUAAUAAGUUGGAAUGGACGUUUUUAUUAGCUUUACCUGCCUACAGCAGGCAUUUUUAUAACCAAACCCAUUUCCAGUGUUCUAAGAAUUGGAGUUUUCUCAAUCAUCUUGUAUUCUGCAGUUUUGACUGCAAAUUGAAAACACUGUCUCUAUCCACAUGAGUCUAUGCAACACUGAUCUUAAAAAAUGACACUCAGAAAAUGCAGACGCUAAUAAAGAAUCUGUCAGUUGUGUUCUCAGA